UUCUCCUCGUAACUACGGCGUCAUAUAAAAAAAAACGGAGGGAGUGCAUCCGUAACCCUAACCUCCAGCCGUCCGGCGUCCAGCACUCCACUGCGGCUCUGCUCGACUGCUCUCCAGAUUCAGUCUCCAGUCCUCCACUCCGCCGCCCCUCUCCAGAUCCGGCCGCCAGCCCGCCACCACUCAUUCCUCAGCCUCCAGCCCGCCACUCCGCCGCCGCUCUCCAGGCUCCAGCUGUCCAGCCGACGCAGGGACGCAGGCACGCCGCACGCAGUGACGCAGCCGUCCAGGUCGCCGGCUCACCGCGCACGGGCGCACAGCCUCCAGGGACAAGGGCACGGCCGCACGGGCGCCGGCUGGGGCGCACGGCCUCCGAGUCUCCGACCAGCACGGCCGCACGGGCGCACUGCCUCCGACCAGCACGCCAGCGGCCAGCACAGGGCCUCCGUCGUAAAUUCUGACAAUGGCUUGGGGUCAAGGUGUUAGAAGGCCCAUAAUGGGGCUUCUGUUUCGAGCUCAACAACAAGCUGCUCAGGGAUACUCUUCUUCAGCAUUCCAGACUCAUCUAUUGGGCAAUCAUGUUCCCCAAAAUGGCAUGUUUCUUCGGAGAUUCAGCUCUGAAGUGCCUGCUUCAGAGCAAAUGAGCCUUAUUAAACAACUCCGAGAAAGAACGAGUGCUCCAAUUAAAGAUGUCAAGGCUUCCUUAGUUAGCUGCAACUGGGAUAUUGAGGCUGCACAGAAGGACCUGCGUAAGAGAGGUGUGGUUCUUGCUGCCAAAAAGUCUUCACGGACUGCUGCUGAAGGUUUGCUAGCUAUUGCACAAGAUGAGAAAAGAGCUGCUGUGGUUGAGCUUAACUGUGAAACUGAUUUCGUAGCAAGAAAUGAUGUUUUCCAAUAUCUGGCUUCAUCAUUUGCCAAGAUGGCUUUAUCUGCUCAGGGUUCUGGUGAAUUGUCUUUGCCUUUUGGUCCUGAAUAUUUGGAGAACAUGUCUAUCAAUCUCGAUCAUCCUAAGCUCAGUGGGGAAACAACUGUCCAAAGUGCUGUUACAGAAGUUGCUGCCAUGGUUGGGGAGAAUGUAAAACUCAGAAGAGGUUUCAUGUUGUCCACAACUGCUCAUGGUGUUGUUUCAUCUUAUAUGCAUACCUGUCCUCAUCCAGGUUUGGGUCGUAUAGCUGGAUUAGUCACACUAGAAGCAGAAAAUAGCAGUGCUCUCCUUGGUGCACUCAAGAGAGUUGGGCCAUCUAUUGCGAUGCAUAUUGUUGCAGCAAAGCCAUUAUUCUUAUCAAAAGAACUGGUUUCUGCUGCAGCUGUGGAAAAUGAACGUGAAAUACUCCAAACUCAGGCUGAAAGUUCAGGAAAAUCCCAAAUGGCUAUGGAUAAAAUGGUUGAAGGUCGAUUGAGGAAGUACUUCGAAGAAGUUGUGCUCAUGGAGCAAAAAUAUGUUCUCAAUGACAGCACAAACAUUAAGACCGUGCUGAAUGAUUUGUCAAAGGAGGUUGGUUCUAAAGUAACAAUUGGUAAUUUUAUCAGGAUGGAAGUUGGAGAAGGAAUUGAGAGAGCUGAAGCGGCUGAUGGGUCAGAAGCUGUGGCUCGCACUGCAUAGAUUUCAAGCAGAGAUGGACCAAAUGAGAUAUACGUGAAGGUUCCUCUUCGUUUAAGUUAGAUAUCUUGGUUCCCCAAGAAUUUACUUGGGUUCUCAUAUUUUCCCAGGGUUGUAUCUUUUUACAGAUGCCAACCAAUCAGUUAGGACUUUACAGUGAAAUUUUCUCAAAAGCUAACAGAUUGAAUUGGGUGGAAUAAUAUUAGCUUUCUCAAAGCAAGCUAGUCAUGCAUUCUGAGACCUGCAAAGCUGCAUAACUCAAUUGCAAAUCUAAAAACUUGUUUACAGUUUCAACGGAUUGAUCUGCAUUCAGAUGGUAAGACAUCAAAAUAAAGAGAAAUUGGGAGUUAGCGCAUAAACUA